GCCCCCCUGUGUUUGUGGCCUGCCCUUGGCAAGCCCGUCAGACCCUGGUGUACCCUUGGACAAGUCUCUUCACAGCUCCACGCAGUGUCGCGCUGUGUUCCACUGGAGGACUCAAGGAGUAUCCUGUCAGCCUUCCCUGUCAACAGAAAGGCAUCCAAAGGCACUGAAAGGGCUGCUGACUGUUGUUACUGCAGAGAAAAUUGAGUUCAGAGACGUUUUGAACCAUUUCUGAAGAAGCAGAAGCUGAGGAGAGGUGGAUGAUGGAGCAGUUCAGGGACUGCAGUAGCAGCCUUAAGGCUCCUGUGUCUCCAUUAGAGGAAAACUGCAUCACACCAUCAGUGUCUCCUCUGUUAUCUGCUGCAAUGAGGAUGGGAGAGGAGCUGUGGGCACAAGCAUAUGCGCCCAGAGACUUAUCUGCAGAGAUGCUGGUCAGAGCUCCUGAGCUGCCAGAGCUUCGUCCUCCCAGCCCGCGGUGUGAGACUGGCGGAGAGCCGAGUGCCAUCGGCGGGCACGGUGCCAGCAGUGUCCCCAGGCCGGGCAGUGCCGGCUGUUUUACACUCUGCUUACCCCUGGAUGAGGGCACCGUGCCGGUGAUUUGGGAGCUGUGGAACAUCCACCUCAGGGAUGAGGAAGAGCAGCUUUGUCCGGCCCCAAUCCUGCUGGUGAGACCCAGGAGCCGCCAAGAGCUCUCCCUCAGCCUUGCCAGGGCUGUGCUAGCAGCGGGUGUCGUUCUCGUGCUCCAGUCUGCAGGAUCAGGCCCAUUCCAUGGGAAGGAAUGGAGGUGGACAAGCACAGCAGGUGCUGCACAGGAUGGUGGCUGCCGGAGGCAACAAUUCAGCUGUGUGUGGAUGGAGCCAUCGCUGGGGAAGCCGCUCCACGGUCCAGCCGAGGGCAGGCCCUUUGUUCCCGGCACCUGCACUGGGUGAGGAGGGACACUGGACAUGCCUUGGAUUAAGAUAGUUCUGCCACUGCCUUAGCAGUCCUGUGCCAUGCCUGGUGAUGACCAUGGGGCCAUUCUCCUGAGCAGACUGCUCUGUACUCAGCCACUGGCAGCAUAACAACAGAGCUCUUUGGUACCUGUGGAGUCCCACUGCAAGAGUCUGAGCACCUCAAAUUUGGCUCAGAAAAUCUGCCCUUGCACAGCCAGCGAGAGGGUUGUGAAUCCUGGGGACUUGACUGUUCAGUUCACCAACUGGAAAGUAUUUUGCCAGGUUACAGCUAUGGUUUGAGCACUUGAGGUGAAAGCUGGUGGUGGGUAGUGGAAUCACGGGUUCAGCAGCAGCCUUUGUGCAUUAGAGGCUCUGUUUGGAGGUUCAGAUGUCCUCACACCUCUGUUCUGAUACCUGUGUGUUACGCUCUUUCAGGUAUCUACUUGAAAAUAAGAGUGGGGCUCUCAGUUUUUGGCUGGUAGGGUAAAACAUGUUCCAGUGGGUACAAGUUGGACCCAGAGUCAAGGAGGACAUUUUUCAGCAAAGAAUGGUGCUAUCUCACCACUUCCAUCCCCUGCACAGGAGCUGUACCCUGGAGCUGCUGUCCCUGGGAUGGCCAUGCCAGCAUCAGCAGGGCACACAUGUGCCUGAUGCCUGCUUUCAGUGCUUGGUCUGCUCACUGGCAGACCAAGCACUGAAAGUCUGGCCUGCUUACAGCAGGUCUGACAAAGUGACCAUAACAGCUUUUCUGCCCUGAAAAUACCUUCCUUCCAGGUAGGUUAAGAACUGAAGCUGUGCUGGUAUAGCUCAGUGUUGCUAAACCCAUCUUCUGGGGCUUUUGAAACAGAUAGCCAAGAGCAGCUGGUGCUAAUCACUGCUGUAGGGACAUCCUCAGCUCCUGUUUUUGUGGUUUCUAAAGGCCUGUUUUGGCAAGACUUUUUUAAAGCUCUUUGAGAAAGAAGAGACAAGCUUUUGACACGCAGUUCUAUGUAAAAUCUCUUUAGUUUUGCCAGUGGCAUUUAUUUGUAGAGACCCUGCAUAUUGUAGAGGCCACUGCUUGUUCCUGGUGAUUCCCUAGAAUGGAAACUUGAACCAAGGAUUUUUGUAAAGAAUGUGCAAUAAAUCUCUGGAAAAGCU